CAUCAGCCGAUUGUUCACACAGUGUAAUAACCAGCUUGGUACCACAGUCACUUUGUUCGUUUCGAGCGCCCAGCUGAGGAGAUAACAUCAACAACUGCUGACUUAGGAAACCAGCUGCUUUGUUGCCAACAUGCAUGUGAUUAAGAGAGAUGGACGCCAGGAGGGAGUUACUUUUGAUAAAAUCACAUCUCGCAUCCAGAAGCUUUGCUAUGGACUCAACUCUGACUUUGUGGACCCUGCUCAGAUUACCAUGAAGGUGAUCCAGGGUCUGUACAGCGGAGUCACCACGGUGGAGCUGGACACGCUGGCAGCAGAAACUGCCGCCACCCUCACCACCAAACAUCCUGACUAUGCACUCCUGGCUGCACGCAUUGCUGUGUCUAACCUGCACAAAGAGACCAAGAAAGUAUUCAGUGAUGUGAUGGAAGACCUGUACAACUACGUGAAUCCGUUAAAUAAAUGUCACUCUCCUAUGAUCUCCAAGGAGACGCUUGACAUUAUCAUUGAAAACAAAGCUCGCCUCAACUCUGCCAUCAUUUACGACAGAGACUUCACCUACAACUUCUUUGGCUUUAAGACUCUUGAGCGGUCGUAUUUGCUGAAGAUUAAUGGCAAAGUUGCUGAGAGGCCACAGCACAUGCUAAUGAGAGUGGCCGUCGGGAUUCAUAAAAGAGACAUUGAGGCAGCCAUUGAGACCUACAACCUGCUGUCAGAGAAGUGGUUCACUCACGCCUCACCUACUCUGUUCAAUGCUGGCACUAACAGGCCACAGCUGUCCAGCUGUUUCCUGCUAUGCAUGAAGGACGACAGCAUCGAUGGUAUUUACGACACACUGAAGCAGUGUGCCCUCAUCUCCAAAUCAGCUGGAGGUAUUGGAUUAGCUGUUAGCUGUAUCAGAGCAACAGGCAGCUAUAUUGCCGGGACUAAUGGCACUUCCAAUGGGCUGGUUCCAAUGCUUCGAGUGUACAACAACACAGCACGUUAUGUUGACCAGGGUGGCAACAAGAGACCCGGGGCAUUCGCUGUCUACCUGGAGCCGUGGCAUUUCGAUGUGUUCGACUUCUUAGAGUUGAAGAAGAACACAGGUAAAGAGGAGCAGAGGGCUAGAGACCUGUUCUUCGCCAUGUGGAUCCCAGACCUCUUUAUGAAACGAGUGGAAAGCAAUCAGGAUUGGUCUCUAAUGUGUCCCAGUGAAUGUCCCGGUUUAGAGGAGUGCUGGGGAGAGAAGUUUGAGGAGCUCUACACUCGAUAUGAGAAGGAGGGCAGGGCUAGGCGUGUGGUGAAAGCUCAGCAGCUUUGGUAUGCCAUCAUUGAGUCUCAGACAGAAACUGGUACGCCGUACAUGCUCUACAAGGACUCCUGCAACAGGAAGAGCAACCAGCAGAAUCUGGGUACCAUCAAAUCCAGCAAUCUGUGCACAGAGAUCGUAGAGUACACAAGCAAAGAUGAGGUUGCAGUGUGUAACCUGGCGUCCAUUGCUCUCAACAUGUAUGUCACCCCAGAAAGGACCUUUGACUUCAAAAAGCUUGCAUCUGUCACCAAAGUCAUUGUGAAGAAUCUGAACAAGAUUAUUGACAUCAACUACUACCCAGUGCCCGAGGCUGAAAGGUCGAACAAGCGCCACAGGCCGAUUGGAAUUGGAGUGCAGGGUCUGGCUGAUGCCUUCAUCCUUAUGCGUUAUCCAUUUGAAAGCCCAGAGGCCCAGCUGCUCAACAUUCACAUCUUUGAGACCAUCUACCACGCCGCCCUGGAGGCCAGCUGUGAGCUGGCAGCGGAGCACGGCACUUAUGAAACCUAUGCCGGCUCUCCUGUCAGUAAGGGGAUCCUUCAGUAUGACAUGUGGGAGAAAACCCCAACAGAUCUGUGGGACUGGAAAGCACUGAAGGAGAAAAUUGCAAAGCAUGGUGUGAGGAACAGUCUGCUCUUGGCCCCCAUGCCCACAGCUUCCACCGCACAAAUCCUGGGCAACAACGAGUCCAUUGAGGCCUACACCAGCAACAUCUACACCCGCAGGGUGCUCUCAGGGGAGUUUCAGAUUGUGAAUCCUCACCUGCUGAAGGACCUCACAGAAAGAGGACUGUGGAGCGAUGAAAUGAAGAACCAGCUGAUUGCUCAGAACGGGUCCAUCCAGGAUAUUGAGGGGAUCCCUGAUGAUCUGAAGCAGCUGUAUAAAACUGUGUGGGAAAUCUCCCAGAAGACUGUCCUCAAGAUGGCAGCAGAUCGUGGUGCAUACAUUGACCAAAGCCAGUCCCUCAACAUCCAUAUUGCUGAGCCAAACUAUGGCAAACUGACCAGCAUGCACUUCUAUGGCUGGAAGUUGGGCCUGAAAACAGGCAUGUACUACCUGCGGACGAAGCCUGCUGCUAAUCCCAUUCAGUUUACCCUGAACAAGGAGAAAUUAAAGGAGGCCCAGUCAACCAAGAGCGAGGAGGAGGAGACCAAAGAGCGCAACACUGCUGCGAUGGUCUGUUCCUUAGCGAACAAAGAUGAGUGCCUGAUGUGUGGUUCCUAAAGUGAAGUGUGGUUCGCUCAGACAAGCACUUCCCCUCAUCCACCAGCUUCCCCAUUAAAUUAAUAUUUUAGGAAACACCUGAUUCUUUUUAUCUGUAUAUGAUGUCGUAACAACAGAGUGUGCCGCUGUCUUCAACUCACAAAUCUUUUCAGUUUUUAUUUAAUAUUUGCCGGGUUUUUAUCUUGAAUUGUGCAUUUUAUGCAUGUUUGUAUAGAAUUAAUGGGGUACAAUGAAUUUAUAUUUGCCCUUUGUUUUUAAUCAAUACACUUUUGUAAUAUGUGAGUCACAUUAAAGGUAUAAUAUGUAACAUUUCAGCAUUAAAAUGUCUUAAAAAAUGACGACCUGUGUUCUUUGUUGGGUUGCGUACUUACGACUGUUUACAGCAACGGUCAAACCCAGAGAAAUCCAUAAUUUUAUUCAAGGUAACAGUGCA